AUGGAGAGCGAUUCUGAUUCAGACAACAGCCGACCUCCCCCUGAGAAGAAAUCAAAACGCAAACUAUCAGGAAGCAGUACGCAGGUGACAGGCAAACAGACAAGGAGAGGCCGAAAACCGGGAGCCAGUCGUCGAGAGUCUGUUAACGGAGGAGGAGGAACGAGUGGCAAUACCCACGUCCGUGGUCAGCAGCGAAGAGGUACAGGAGCUGGGAGAGUUCAAUCAACAAGCGGACAGAGAAGGACUGAUGGGAAUACGCCGCCGUUAAGGAGAUGCCAAAGUUCUGACCGUGGUCAAACACAGAGAGGAGGUAGACAAGAGCAAUUGAGCGAUAAUCAAGACCGUGAAGAUGUCACGAUUCGCAGAGGAACACUCCGAGUUAGAGUGAACUCAGGAAGUGUCAUGGGUGACCGACGUCGACAAUCGCCAACUGAAACAGGAGGACGAAGACCGGGAACAGCUCAGAGAGCUAGAGGAAGAGGGCAAAAUUUGAGACGAGGUCAUAGCAGCCGUGUUCAAACAUCGAGGGUGGAAGCAGUAACCCGUACACAACAAUCAGGAGGAGCUCGCGGUCGUGGUCGAAGUUCCAGAGGCUCUCGAUCUGGGAGGUCUAAAGGUGGAAGAGGGAAAUAA